AUGAAUCCACCAUUAUAUGCAGCGAUAUUAGCAUUAAUAAUUGGUAUAACGAGACCAUUAAAAGUAAUAUUCUUUGGUGAUAACGCACCAUUAGCGGUAUUCACACAAUCAAUUGAAUACAUUGGUACAAUAACGAUUCCACUUACAUUAAUGGCAUUAGGAGCUCAAUUAGCAAAUUUACCAACUAGAUCCAAAGGAGGAAAAUCAUUAUUUCCAUCAAUUGGAUAUAUAUUAAUUUGUAGAUUUUUAGUAAUGCCAUUAAUUGGAAUUAUCUUAGUCUUAUUAACCAAAAAUUGGUUCGUUCAGGAUCCCAUGCUUUGGUUUAUCUUAAUGUUGUUGGCGAGUGGUCCAACCGCCGUAAAUUGUUUAAAUUUAGCUUACUUAAAUAAAUCAUUUGAAGAAGAGAUGGCCACUUUAUUAUUUUAUUCUUAUAUGGCUUUAGCUCCAUUUAUUACAAUUAUUGUGAUGGGAAUGUUAUCAAUUAUUGGAAAUUUUAAUACUCGUUCUCAUUCUCAUUCUCUAUAA